UAGUUACCCAGCACCUCUAGCGUGUGGUGAGCAGCAAUGUCACUAUGUCAAUGAAGGAAAAAGGUUCACAGGAAUGAACGAAAUAACCAUUUUAUGAGCAGUUUCCAGGCAUUUCCACAUCAACCACGCUUCCAGCAAUAAUCCCACUGCAGUCUCUGUUCGUUAGAUGCGUUAAUAGAACAGAGUUGUUUUGCCCGUGACGGGUUUGCGAAGCGCAAUUGGCCGCAUAGCCAGUAAACACGUUCGUGUGGUAUCAAGAGCUCUUGGAGGCAGCAGGGAACGAAAGGGAAAAACGCCAACCGACAGUCAACCUAUGAUGAACACGGACGAAAAUGCAAGUGAGCCUGAAGAAAUGGAUACAAAAGAAGAGGACCCCAGUGAUAAUAUGGUUACCAAUGGAUCUCAUUCGCCCAAAGAAAACGAAGAUGUGACUAUGGAAGAGGAUACAGCCAGGGCAGAGGGGACUAUUACCCUUACCGUCCCUCAUUUUAGCAAGAUGGACAAACCAGAACUGAGCGAUCCGAUAUACGUGAGAAAUUUGCCCUGGCGUAUAAUGCUGAUGCCUAGAACAUCUUCUCAUGGGCAAGAGAGAGUAAAGAGCCUGGGGUUUUUCUUGCAGUGUGAUCCCAAGCUAGAAACUGUAUCUUGGUCAUGUCAAGCGUCGGCCAAGCUCACGCUAAAAAACCAUCAUGAAGACAAGGAAGAUUUUAGCAGGAAAAUUUCACAUCUCUUUUAUGCUAAGGAGAAUGACUGGGGCUUCAGUCACUUUCUCACGUGGGCUGUAAGUUAUCAAUUAUGAUUUCCACUUUAGAGU